UCUCUAAGUCAUUUUCCCACCUGAGAAAUUUUUUGGGGGGAAAAAGAAUAUUUUUGGAAACUUUCACACACAGUGUUCAAGGGAAACGUAUUACAUUAUUGUCAGGAUAUUAUUGAGGUACUUGGGGGAAAAACAGUAAUUAACUCCUUUUACAGCCAGCUCCCAGGAGAUUUAAGCCUUAAGGAUUAUGAAUUGAAAAUUAGAGAUUUUGUUUGUUGGCAAGGACAUUAAGCAAAGGAUUCUUUGCAGCUGUGAUGAAAAGAAACUUAUCAGGUAUUAUUAACUGAUCCAUGUGCAGCCAAAUUGAAAGACAUAAAUUCCUAUCCCUCGUUUUAAAAAAGCACCUCCACCUCAACGGACUUCAACCCCCGUUUCUAACACCUGGCUUCAACUAAGACAAGCGUCACCAGGCACCACCAGGCUGGGAAGAGAAGAAGCUAACACAGGAGCAGGCAGCUAACCAGGCCUGCCUAAGUCUCAACACCUCUGGAACAAAGCAGCUCUUCUGUGGCAGGAAGGAGAGAGCCCUAGGGACAGGAGUCCCUCUGGAAGAACAGCCCAUCUGACAGGGACUGCCCUCAUCAGAGCUUCAGAGCAGAUGCAGAAGAAUCCAGGAAGGAGCAGGUUGUGACUUGCUCCGCCAGAAGCGGUUCUUAAUCACCUUGCCUAGAGAGAGCUAGACUUGGGUGAUGUCACCACAUCCAGAAGCCAUCACGGACUGUGUGACCAUGGAAACUGUGGAUCAGCUUGCGGAAGGUGCUUAUCCUUCACAAUUCUGUACAUUCUCCCAAGAGCAGCAGAAAAUGAACAUAUCUCAGGCAUCAGUAUCAUUCAAGGACGUGACUGUGGAGUUCACCGAGGAGGAGUGGCAGCAAAUGGGUCCUGUUCAGAAAACCCUGUACAGAGAUGUGAUGCUGGAGAACUACAACAACCUAGUCUCAGUGGUUAACUGCAUUUUCAAACCAGAGGUGAUCUUCAAGUUGGAGAAAGGAGAAGAGCCUUGGUUCUCAGAGGAAGAAUUCUCAAACCAGAGCCACAGAGAUUACAGAGACAACAAUGUAAUCAGAAAGAACAAGAAAAUCAAAGGCAAACACUUGCAACAAGUAACAUGUGGCAAUAAUAAACCAUUGACUAGAGAGGAAGACGAAGUUUUGAGAAUACCAUUUAAUCUGCACGUUGCUCCUGUUUCCUCCACAAAAAUGCCCUGUAGAUGUGACUCAAGGGGAGUUAGUCUGCAAAAUAUUUCUCAAUUUAUCAUUAAUAAUAGGACAUACUCAACAAAAGAGACAGAUUGUUAUAAUGUAUGUGAAAAUUUGCCUCUCAAAAUUAAGUUUGAGAGAACUCAUACUGGAGAGAAGUUUCAUGAAUAUAAUAAAAAUGGAGAAACCCUCCAUUAUAAGGAAAAUCUUUCUGAGCAUCAAAAAUGUCAAACACUGAAGCAAGCUUUUGAAUUCGAUGAGAUUGAAAAAGCCUUCUAUAAUGAGGCCGCCUGCUUUAAACGUCAGAGUGCUCCCACAGAAGAAGAAUCCUGCGAAGAUGAUGAAUUUAGGGAAAACUGUGAUAAAACAACUCUGUUUGACCCCAGAAGAACUGGGACAGGGGAGAAACACUCUCAUCUCAGCCAGUGUGGGAACUCCUGUGAGAAGCUGGCUGUCAAGGAGUUCAGUAAACUUCACAUGACUGUGAAGUACUGUGAAUGUACUGCAAGUGGGAAUAACUUCGGCAGGAAGUCACACCUCACUCAACCUCAGGGAGCUGUCCCAGAAGAGAACCCACCGGGGUGCAACGGCAGAACACAAACUGGGUCACAUAAGCCCUUUGAAAAUCAGGAAAAUAGGAGGUCCUACCAGACAACAGCCCACAAAGUGCGCCAGAGAACUCACUCUGAAGCAAAACCCUAUCAGUGUCCUGAGUGUGGGAAGUCCUUCUGUCAAAAAGGACACCUCAUUCAACAUCAGAGAACUCACACGGGAGAGAAACCGUUUGAAUGCAAUGACUGUGGGAAAACCUUCUCCCAGAAGUCACACCUCCGUACACAUCAGAGAAUUCACACAGCAGAGAAGCCCUAUAAGUGUAAUGACUGUGGGAAAACAUUUGUCCAGAAGUCAACCCUCAGGGGGCAUCAGCGAAUUCACACAGGAGAGAAACCCUAUGAAUGUUGCGAAUGUGGGAAAACUUUUGUUCAAAAGUCAACCCUCAGAGAUCAUCAGAGAAUUCACACAGGGGAGAAAGCCUUUCAAUGUAAUGAAUGUGGGAAAACGUUUGGCCAGAAAUCAAACCUCAGAAUACAUCAGAGGACUCAUAGUGGUGAGAAAACUUAUCAGUGUAAAGAAUGUGAAAAAUCCUUCUGGCGAAAAGACCAUCUCAUUCAACAUCAGAAAACGCACACAGGAGAGAAGCCGUUUAAAUGUAAUGUAUGUGGGAAAACUUUCGCCCGGACAUCAACCCUCAGAGUUCAUCAGAGAAUUCAUACUGGGGAGAAACCAUUUAUAUGUAACGAAUGUGGGAAAAAAUUUGUCCGGAAGGCAAUCCUUAGUGAUCAUCAGAGAAUUCAUACAGGGGAGAAACCCUUUCAGUGUAAUAAAUGUGGGAAAACUUUUGGCCAGAAGUCAAACCUCAGAAUACAUCAGAGAACUCACAGUGGGGAAAAUUUUUCUGAAUGUAAUGAAUAUGGAAAAUUGCAUAAGAAGUCAAUCUUAAAUGUAUGCCAGAGAACUCAGGGAGCAGAAAAACCCUAUUGAUACAAGAAUUAUGGAAAAUCCUUCUGGACCAACCCAUUUGACAGAAAAUUCACACGGGAGAGGAACAUAUUUAUAUGAAUAUAGAAAGACUUUUACCCAAUACAAAACCCGGAGAGUAGUAUCAGAAUUAACACAAACUUCUAUUUCAAGGGACUACGGAAACCCUACCGGAUGGAGUCAUGCCCUGUUCGAUCACUCACACCACAUGUGCUGGUAAUCUUCCCAUUCGUAGGAAUUACAUUUUCCUUCUUGGUGCACAGCUAAUCUAAAUGUCGCGAUCUCCCUUUGAUCUGAGUGGGGUUUGGGCCUGCCUAGUGGACUGUGAACGCUCCUGUUGUGUGCCACACCCAGCUCUUGACGAGUUCAAGGCCUCCCUGGUCCCAGCAGCAUCUCAGCCAAACUUGAGAUAGUUGCAGCUGUCCCUUAGUGGGGACGUGUACCCCGGACCUCGCUGCAUGGAGCAACGCUCCUGGCUCAGUAGGGCCCUCGAUUCAUAGGAACCAUAACUGGGCCUAAUGGUCUGGCCAGUUGAAACCACGUGGACAUGUGACUAUUUGCCCUCAUGCCAUUAUGCAGACCCCAAAACUGCAUGAUGAUGCAGCUGCUCCAGUCACUGGGCGGAACACGAGGAUGUUCUCAGCUCUGGCCAGGAUUCCCUUUGAUGAAACUUGGUGCAUUGUCACUGGCUCUUGCCCUCUUACUGUGCCUAGUAGCUAUUUGACGUGUCUGUUGUAAAAUUAUAGGCCUAAAAAAGAACCCCUGUGUGGUGCCGUGAACUGUGGGGGGAAAAGUGACAGCUGCUGAGCACAGGGUGGACUCACAUGGUAAGAGACUAUUCUCUGGUAAGACUGACUGGAACCAAGCUGCCGAUCAAGCCCCCACUACCCUGAUAGCCAGCAUUGCUACCUGGACCCACCAUCGUGCUAAUGGCAAAAAUUCGCCACCUUACCCUGGAUACAAAGUAAGAGUCUUUAUAUAUAUCCAGUGCCUCUUUUGAUGUCAUUUGAUAAAAGGAUGACAGUUUUUUUCUUCUGGAUUAGUAGCCAGUGCUCCGUAUGCCAUUUGAUCAGUUCGCCCUUUUCUACUGAUUUUAAAUAUCUUCAUAUACUAACUUGUCAUUUGUAAAGAUACUGCAUAUGGCUACUUAUGACCCAUUUCCAGUGUUCUUUUGUAUUAGUAACAUUCUCCUAUGAACAGGGAUGGCACAUACCUCUUAUGAGCCAAACUACUCUGUCUUUCUGGUCUGGCACUGAAUCAAGUUUAGAAAAGGGGAAUACUUACAAGGACUUUGGGGAUGUAACAUCACAGGCCAGUUACACUGUUAGCUCCAGAGCUGCCAGCAGCCUUGCCAAGGAGAUUCACCUGUAAUAAGAUCAUGUCCAGUUAAUACUAUAUACCCUGAUGAGAGAUGACUGUGUACUCCAUUUUAUAGCAGUUGGUAAUAUUAUAAGGAAAGUCAUUCUUUGAUACAAUUUUUCUCAGUUUAAGAAACUUAAGAGUCAUCUUCAUGCCUUGUUUAAAAUGUUUUAGGAUUAUGAUUGGAUUUGCUAUUAAGUUUGGGAUCAUCUACCCACCAGGAUGGAACCAGUUCACCCAAGUGGCCUGAAUGGGAGGCCAGGUGACAAAAGUCCCACAGUGGCACUUAGGCUUCAUCUGCUGCCCCCUUGCUGGGGACACCCACCACUCCACAUAAUACAUUAUUAACUGGAGGCUGUGGUCUGUGCUGGAGUCACAAAUGCCCCAUUCUCCCUGCCUGGUUGACCUCCCUUCCAAGUGCUAACUUUUAUUCCAGUAGGUGGGUCCCUCGACCAGGUACUGGCAGUCAGUUUUCUGUUUGCCUGCCUUCCAAGGGUCUUCAAGCUAGGAAGAGAAGCCUCCAGGAGGGCAGGAAUUUGUAUCUGUCUCAUUCACAAUGUGUCCCAAACAUGAAUAGUCCCUCUGCAUAUUGAGCACUCAGAAAUACUUGAAGGUAGAAUUAUCAAAGUAAUAUCUGAGCAUUUUUUUCUUUUGAUGCCUCAAAUUAUAUUUUGAGAUAAUUCAUCAUUUAUUGUAAAUAGUUAAGGGAAGUUAUUGCUGUAAGCUCCCACUCAGACUUGAAUAUUUUCUAAAGUCGCUAAAAGAAACAUAACUUGUUCUUAAUAUUCAGAAGUGUACGGUACUGUUCUUCAGAUAUCUUGCAGCCAAGACAAUUUAUUUUCAAUAAUCUAGUAUUCCUAGUUCAAAA